UUUUUUUCUUCUUUUAGUCAUUAGUACAAUCAUCUUUUAUUUUUUCUUUCCUUUUUUGGGCAUAGGGUCUUAAUAUGCAAUCAAACCUCUCUGGAUACUAACUAUAUAGCCCAGAUGUCCUCCUAUCUCAGUCUCAAGUACAAUGGUCACCAGCAUGUGCCAUUACACAGGCCGGAUCAAGAUCUUAUUAUUGCUUCUUUGCUUACAACACUCUUUUCUCACCACUUCAACCACCUUUUCCUGAGUCUAUAGUGUAUUUAGAGUGGGGUUUUAUGUAAACCUGUAAGUUUUGAACUCCCACUUUUGGGAGUGAUCUACCUAUUUGCUGUAUUCAGUAAAUGCCAGUUGUGUUCUCAGCCCAGAGGUUGUACCAACAGUAAAAAACACAGCCCUAGGAGGCGUGUUCUUAACAAACACGGCCCUUCUAGGUAGCUGCCAAGCUUCUUCUAACAGGAAUAGCGAGGGGACAUAGUGUCUUGAGUAAACAUGGACUGAUGGCCCAUGAGUAGUCAAAAUACCAACCAUAGAGUAAUGGGAAGUGAUCUAGGCCCACUCUGUUCUGGGGAAAGCAAACCUCUCAGGUUGUUUGGUAAGAUAAAGGGCGUCAAUGAGUGGAUGUGAGCUUGGAGGAAGUCAGGCAUGAAAGGUUAUGUCAGGGGCUCAGGCCACUUGAUCAGCCUCCGAGUGUGAGUCCUGGUUUCUCUGGAAAUCUGAGCUCAAGGAGCCUCCUCCUGGUCUGUUAGCUGUCAAGCUGCUUUCCUCACUCUCUCACUGAGUCCUUGUUGUGUUCCCAGGCUGGAUUUAUCCUCUAGGGACAAGUGAACUGUAUGUAGCUCCUGCCCAGGGAAAGUAUCAGCACUGGUGAAGUGGGCCAGUGACUUCACAAGGGCUGCUCCAAGAACAUGCUGCUGAGGGCUCAUCUGUUUCACACAUCUUUCUUGAGCAUUGACAGUGUGGGGGCGCUCCAUCAGGUGGGCAGGCUACCCAAAAGCCGACUGGGGUCCCACCUGGGUGGGAACUGUGGGCAGACAGGGAAAAGCCCUUUCAGUGUGGACAAUCCUCAGUCCUUAACAUCCAAGAACUCGCAUAUAGACGGGCAGACCAGAGCCUUAAGACUCCAAACCCUGAAGGGUAGAAGCCUAUUACUAUAGACUCUAGAAGCAAGAGGCUUAUGGCUCUGAGCACUUAGAUCGGAGGCUUAUGGCUCUGAGCACUUAGAUCAGAGGCUUAUGGCUCUGAGCACUUAGAUCGGAGGCUUAUGGCUCUGGGCUUUAACCAUCAGAGACACUAGCACUCACCAGCUGUUGUCAGUUCUUGGCUUCUAGCGGCAUUGAGUGUCUAUUUCAUGUAGCAGCAAGUAGUUGUAGCUGGAACCUUUUCAUAUAACAGUGGUCAUGGAGGCGCCAUAGCAACAUACGGGCCCAGUGUGCCAGGACCCUGAACCCUUGACAGCAGUUACUAUUACAAGUCUCAGAUCUACAGUGUCUGAGACCCUUGGCCACGAAGGGUUAGUAGUUCACUGAAACCCUCCCAAUGAUCAGGGCCUGCAGUGGCUCAUCUUCAGCUCUUCACAGACCUAGUUGUCUCCAUUGUCUCUGCUCUGAGUCAUCUCUGGCCAAGGUCCUCUCUGGGUUGCUUCGGGUGUCUCCAUCCCUAUUGCUGCUACCACAACUUUGCCGCCCAUGUGGCAGCUGUUGCUGCUUCCAUCCCGGUCCUCACCUUCUGCCUUCGUGCUACCAGCCCAGCACACUGUAGUGAUGGAUGAUAAAAAUGAAAAGCAGCAAGAAAAGAACACUGGAGUAAGGCCCUUAUGGAAACAGUAGGGGAGGCAGUGAAGGAGAGUGCUUUCCAGUUGGCUCACAAAUCCGGCUUAAAUAGUCAAAAUGGUAAAGACACAGAUGAAGUGUGUGGUUUGCAGCGAUCAGCACAACCCCUCAUCAGAUAAAGGGAUACAUUUAUUCCAAUCACAGGAGUCCUUAACAUAAAUGAAGGAGUUUAUUUACACUCUCAUAGACCUUUUACUGAAUCACCAUGGAAAGUGGCCCCCAUUUAGCCUGAGCAGAAACGAUUUUAGGGUAUCACCUAGACUUACAGCAAAAAGGGGCACUGUAAGCUAUUUGAAGCAGUCAUAGCUAAGACCAUGCCUUAAGAGCCAGGGCUGUGUCUCAGCAGCAAUCAUCUGUGCUUACAAUGUCACUUCCUUAAGUAUACUGUUCAAAGAAGCUGAUGUUGGUAUCAUGGAAGUUCUUAUGGGCAUUUAUCUUAUAGUCCUUGGCUUAGGGAACAACCACAGGAGGGUUGCCAAUUAGGGAAUAAAGUCAUCCUACUCCCCAGUGUCUUAUCUUAUUUAAAAUAAAAGUAAACAUUAAAGGUGGUACUUAUUGAUAGUAUUUAUAAUGCUAUAAUGUUUACCUUUUGCCCCAGUGCCCAAGAGAGAGGUUUGUCCUUCCAUCUCAGGCACAUAGUAUCAAGAAACAAAAUUCCUAUUCAUUUAUGAUCAUUUAAAAGGUGUGGGGUAGGUAGAAACAAGAGGAUUUCAGAGAGCUCAAGGCCAGGCUGGUUUAUAUAGCGAGUUCUAGUACAGCCUGGACUAUAUAGAGACCUUGUCUCAAAACAAACAAACAAACAUCAACAACAACAACAACAAAAGAUUUGGGGUAGUUAAUAAAUAAGCAACCAAAGAAACAAUUUCACAUAUGGGAAAAUAAUAGGCAUACAAUUUAAUCAGAGAAUUAAAAUUUAUCAACAUAACAGCUACUCAAAAUUGAGUGGUUAGGAAAGUCCCUUAUCCUGAGCUAUCUCAACUGAAAUCUAAAUGACAAUCAACACUUAAGGACAGAAGAAUGCCUCCACAGAGUGGACAGUUUUACCAUUGGUCAUACUCAGCUUUGAAUUUGUUAUCUACAUAUAUUUUUUUUUCUCACAUGGCUGGAGACAUGGCUCAUUUGCUGCUCCCACAGAGGACUUAGGUUUGGUUUCUAGUGCCCACAGUUUCUAGCAGGUCACAAUUGUCUGUGACGUCAGUUUCAAGUUAUCUGGCGCCCUCUUCUGGCCUCCCCUGGCCAGUCAUGCACAGGUGCAUAUACAUACAGGCAAAGUAUCCAUACACAAAAAAAUUAAAAAAAGAUCUUUAAAAACCAUAUUCCUUUCCUCUUGUGCCUAGGUCUGGAACAUGCCUGAAGGAGACAUUUAAUACGUGUUCUGAAUGAAGAGGGAGGAGGGAGGUGACUCAGGACCUCAUCUAGUCCUACAAUACAUGAAAUGCAAAUGGAGGGGUAAACUUGUCACAGCAACUGACGAGAGUUAUGUGCACCUGUGCACAUGCAUCCAUUCCUGUGCGCACCUGAUUGAGAAUGUUUCUCUAGCAUAACAUUUAUGAGUGUUUCUUGUGGAAAGAAUACCUUGAUGGAGCCAUGCCAAGAGCCCAUGGUUCUAGAGAAUCAGAGUGUCUAAGCUAUCUAGAUGGAGAUCUGGUGGGAAGAAUUUAGAGUAUUAAGACAGUGUACAGCACUGAGCAGGGAUACCACCAGAUUUGGACAGCUGUCGAGUUGCAACAUCUCCAAGGAUAGUUGCUUAUUAAUCUGGGGUUGAACGCUAGUCCAGCUUAGUCCCUGGUCACCAGGAUAAUAGACCUGGCGUUGAAGAGGCAGUUGCCAGAAGCUGGACUGGACGGACAGUUUCCUUUCCACCACCCCUUGGCUCCAAAGAAAACACUAGUAGGGACCAUGCUCCUGCUUCCAUCGCUGCCUGUCCUUGUCCUGUGUGUGGUGGGCAUAUCCUCAUCAAAGUCACAAACCUGUGAGGAUGCCCUGAAGACGUGCCCUGUAAUAGCCUGUGGCAGAGAUGGACCUAAAGGGGAGAAGGGAGAACCAGGUCAAGGGCUCAGGGGUGCACAAGGCCCUCCAGGAAAAGUGGGGCCUCCAGGAAAUGUAGGAUUUCCUGGACUUCCUGGAGCAAAAGGCCAAAAGGGGGAUCGUGGACACAGUGGAGAUGUUGAGGCAAAGUUGGCGAAUUUGGAGGCAGAGAUAAGGAUCCUAAAAUCUGAACUGGAGCAUACCAAGAAGUUGCAUGCUUUCUCAAUGGGCAAAAAGUCUGGGAAGAAGCUCUUCUUGACCAACCGUGAAACUAUGACCUUUGCCAAAGUGAAGGCUCUGUGCACCCAGCUCCGAGGCACUGUGGCUAUUCCCAGGAAUGCAGAGGAGAACCAGGCCAUCCAAGAAGUGGCCAAAGGCAAUGCCUUCUUAGGCAUCACAGAUGAAGUGACUGAAGGCCAAUUCAUGUAUGUGACAGGGGGGAAUAUUGCCUACAGCAACUGGAAAAAGAACGAGCCCAAUAACUAUGGCUCAGGGGAGGACUGUGUCGUCAUGGUAGAGGGUGGGAUCUGGAAUGACAUAUCCUGCCAAGCCUCCUUCAUCGCUGUCUGUGAGUUCCCAGCCUGAGGAAGCUAGUGCCUCCAUUUUCUCUUUGGCUCCUCUCUGAACUCUUAGUUGCUUCCAAAGAAAAUUCAGUACUGGUUUCCAAACUUAGUAUUAACUGAUCUUUUUGAGGGGAGUAGAUGUAUUUUGUUGUGGCAUGAGGACAUAAGGAGAUGCUGAACAUGAGGCCCCAGGGUCCAGACUCGCACAGAGCCGAGGUCACAUCUGUUUUUCUUGGGGCAGCGUGCUGAGUCAGAGUGAACUCUGGAAGGCUACAGUAAAUCCCCCCUGCUGAAGGACCAAAGACGGAUCAUAUCUGUGCCACAGUGAUCACUGAUCUCAGCCAUGAAAAUGUCCAAUUCCUUUUCUCCAUGAAUUGUCACUAAGUGGUGCAAAGCUUGCCUGUUUGAGUCCACCCUCAGUCUACAACGUG